AUGGCCUGCGGCCCCCUGGCUCGGCUCCUGCUGGCCUGGACGGCCCUGCUGUGCGUGGUGGGUGUCCACGGCCGAUGGGACAGGGCCUUGGAGUCUGCAGGUCCCGGACGUGUGCAGAGGCGUGGCAGCCCGGGCAUCUUGCAGGGGCCGAACGUGUGCGGCUCCCGCUUCCACGCCUACUGCUGUCCCGGCUGGAGGACGUUGCCAGGCGGGAACCAGUGUGUCGUUCCCGUCUGUAGGCACGCCUGUGGUGACGGCUUCUGCUCCCGGCCCAACCUGUGCACCUGUGCUGACGGGAAGCUGGCCCCCAGCUGCGGGGGAAGCCGAGGAGAAGGGUGCAGCGUCAGCUGCAUGAAUGGGGGCAGCUGCCGAGGGGAGUCCUGUCUGUGCCAGAGGGGCUACACGGGCACGGUGUGUGGGCAGCCCGUCUGUGACCGUGGUUGCCACAACGGGGGCCGCUGCAUAGGGCCGAACCGCUGUGCCUGUGCAUAUGGCUUCAUGGGGCCGCGGUGUGAGAGAGACUAUCGGACGGGCCCCUGCUUCGGUCAAGUGGGCCCUGAGGGGUGCCGGCACCAGCUGAUCGGCCUCGCGUGCACCAAAGCACUCUGCUGUGCCACCGUGGGCCAGGCCUGGGGUGUCCCUUGUGAGCUCUGUCCUGCACAGCCUCACCCCUGUCGCCGAGGCUUCAUCCCCAAUAUCCACACAGGGGCCUGUCAAGAUGUGGAUGAGUGUCAGGCCGUCCCGGGCCUGUGCCAGGGGGGCAGCUGCAUCAAUACCGUGGGUUCCUUCGAGUGCCGCUGCCCGACUGGACACCGGCUCAGUGAGAACAGUGCCAAGUGUGAAGACCACCGGGCUGGCACCUGCUUCUCGGUGCUGAUUGUAGGCCGCUGUGCCGGAGACCUUGCUGGCCGUUACACUCAGAGGCAGUGUUGCUGUGACAGGGGCAGGUGCUGGGCUCCUGGCCCAGCCCCAGAGCCGUGUCCUCCGAGGGGCUCUGAUGAGUUCCAGCGACUGUGCGUGCAGGGGCUCCCGCUGCUGCCCUCCUAUCCCGGCCCCUUCCCUGGUCUCCCUGGCUUUGGAUCCAACGGCAUGGGUCCUGGCCUUGGGCCUGCGUGGCACAGCCCCCAUGGCUCCAAUGGGCGUGGCGUUCCCGGCCUGGGCCUUGGCAACGCCCAUAUUGGCACAGCCACCCUGAACCAGACCAUCGACAUCUGCCGGCAUUUCACCAAUCUGUGUCUCAAUGGCCGCUGCCUGCCCACCCCUUCAAGCUACCGCUGCGAGUGCAACGUGGGCUACGCACAGGACGUUCGCGGGGAGUGCAUCGUCCUACGUUCUGGGUAUGACCAGCCCUGCUGCUCCAAUGCCUCCCAGAAACCAGUGGCCAACCUCCUGUGCGACAACGGGCGGUGCCGGAACAGCCCCGGCAGCUACAGCUGCUCCUGCCCCCAGGGCUUCAGCUUCCGGCAGGACACGGAGACCUGUGAAGACAUCAAUGAGUGCCUGUCCAACCCGUGUGUAAAUGGCCUGUGCCGGAACCUGGCCGGUUCCUAUGCCUGUGAAUGCGCCCCCGGCAGCCGGCUGGGGCCGUCCGGCACCGUGUGUCUAGACAGCACCAGGGGCACCUGCUGGCUCCAGGUCCAGGACGGCCGCUGUGAAGCGAACCUGCACGGAGCCUCCCUGCGGUCCCAGUGCUGCGCCACCCUGGGGGCUGCCUGGGGGAGCCCGUGCGAACGCUGCGAGCCCGACCCCGCCUGCGCCCGCGGCUUUGCCCGCAUGACGGGGCUCACCUGCGAAGAUGUGAAUGAGUGCGAAGUCUUCCCCGGGGUCUGUCCCAAUGGGCGCUGCCUCAACACUGCCGGCUCCUUCCGCUGUGAGUGCCCCAGCGGCCUGACUCUGGACACCACCGGCCGCCUCUGCGUGGACGUGCGCCUGGAGCCUUGUUUCCUGCAUCGGGAGGAGGACGAGUGUGGGGCUGCCCUGCCCGGCAAGUACCGGAUGGACGUCUGCUGCUGCUCCGUGGGGGCCGCCUGGGGGGAUGAGUGUGAAGCAUGCCCAGAGCCGGAGUCCCCGGCAUUUGCCAGCCUAUGUCCCCGGGGACUAGGCUUCGCCAGCCGGGACUUCCUGUCAGGCCGGCCCUUCUAUAAAGACGUGAACGAGUGCAAGGCGUUCCCCGGCCUCUGCAUGCACGGCACCUGCCGCAACACCGUGGGCAGCUUCCGCUGCUCCUGUGCCGGGGGCUUCGCCCUGGAUGCUCGGGGAAGGAACUGUACAGACAUCGACGAGUGCCACAUCUCCCCUGACCUCUGUGGCCGGGGCACCUGUGUGAACACCCCGGGCAGCUUCGAGUGUGAGUGUUUCCAUGGCUACGAGAGCGGCUUCAUGCUGAUGAAGAGCUGCAUGGAUGUCGAUGAGUGUUCCCUGAGUGACGGCCUGUGUCCCCAUGGCCACUGUGUCAACAUCAUCGGGGCCUUCCAGUGCGCCUGCCACGCUGGCUUCCAGAGCACAGCUGACCGCCUCGGCUGCACGGAUAUCAACGAAUGCCGCACUGGGAACGGUGGGUGUGACGUGCACUGCACAAACACCGAGGGCAGCUACCGGUGUGGCUGUGGACACGGCUACUCGCUGAUGCCCGAUGGGAGGGCGUGUGCAGACGUGGAUGAGUGUGCGGAGAACCCGGACAUCUGCGACGGAGGCCAGUGCGUCAACGUGCCGGGGGGUCACCACUGCCUGUGCUAUGAGGGCUUCGUGGCCACGCUGGACGCGAGGGCGUGUGUCGACUUGAACGAGUGUGAACUGAAGCCCCACCUUUGCCUCCACGGGGACUGUGAGAACACAAAAGGCUCCUUUGUCUGCCACUGCCAUCUGGGUUACAUCAUCAGGAAGGGGGCCAUGGGCUGCUCCGAUGUGGACGAGUGUGAGCUUGGGGGACACAGCUGUGACAGUCACGCUUCCUGCCUCAACGUCCCUGGGAGUUUCAGCUGCAGGUGCCAGCCAGGCUGGGUGGGGGAUGGCUUCGCAUGCCACGACCUGGACGAGUGUGCUUCCCGGGAGCACCAGUGCAGCCUGAGGGCCGACUGCCUGAAUGUUCCCGGCUCCUACCGCUGUGCCUGCCACCAGGGCUUCACCGGGGAUGGCUUCUCCUGUGAAGACAGGGACGAAUGUGCUGAGGACGUGGACCUCUGUGAGAACGGGCAGUGCCUCAAUGCCCCCGGCGGGUACCGCUGUGAAUGUGAGAUGGGCUUCAGCCCCACGGAGGACCACCGCGCCUGUCGGGACGUGGACGAGUGCAUUCUCGGGAACCUCUGUGUGUUCGGGAGCUGCGAGAACCUGCCCGGAAUGUUCCGCUGCAUCUGCAGUGAGGGCUAUGAGCUGGACCGCGGUGGUGGCAAUUGCACAGAUGUCAAUGAGUGUGCAGACCCUGUGAACUGCAUCAAUGGCCUGUGUGUCAACACCCCCGGCAGCUAUCUCUGCAAUUGUCCCCAGGAUUUUGAGCUGAACCCCAGCGGGGUGGGCUGUGUGGACACCCGGGUCGGGAACUGUUUUCUGGACACGCAUGACCGAGGGGAUGGUGGUAUCUUCUGCGCUGCUGAGAUCGGGGUUGGCGUCACCCGGGCUUCUUGCUGUUGCUCCCUGGGACGGGCCUGGGGUAACCCGUGUGAACUGUGCCCGCUGGCCAACACCACCGAGUAUAGAACCUUGUGCCCAGGGGGCGAGGGCUUCCGACCCAACCCCAUCACUGUCAUUCUGGAAGACAUUGAUGAGUGCCAGGAGCUGCCCGGGCUGUGCCAGGGGGGAACCUGUGGCAAUACCUUUGGCAGCUUCCAGUGUGCCUGCCCACCCGGCUACCACCUCAAUGGGGACACCCGCAUCUGUGAGGACGUCGACGAAUGCUAUGCACACCCGGGCAUCUGUGGCCCCGGUACCUGCUACAACACCCUGGGGAACUACACUUGUGUCUGUCCUGCGGAGUACCUGCAAGUCAACGGUGGCAACAACUGCAUGGACAUGAGGAAGAGCAUUUGCUUCCGGCACCAUAACGGCACGUGUCAGAAUGAACUGGCCUUUAACAUGACCCGGAAGAUAUGCUGCUGCUCAUACAACAUUGGCCAGGCCUGGAACAGACCCUGCGAGGCCUGCCCCACCCCUGCCAGCCUGGACUACCAGGUCCUGUGCGGAAACCAGGCCCCCGGCUUCGUCAUUGACAUCCACACGGGGAAGCCCCUUGACAUCGACGAGUGUGGGGAGAUCCCCGCCAUCUGUGCCAAUGGCAUCUGCAUCAACCAGAUCGGGAGCUUCCGCUGCGAGUGCCCCACGGGCUUCAGCUACAACGGCGUGCUGCUGGUCUGCGAAGACGUGAACGAGUGUGCCGGCGGGGAGAGCCCCUGCCAGCAGAAUGCCGACUGCAUCAAUAUCCCUGGCAGCUACCGCUGCAAGUGCGCCCGAGGGUACAAGCUGUCGCCGAGCGGGGCUUGCGUGGGACGGAACGAGUGUCGGGAGAUGCCAAACAUCUGUAGCCAUGGCGACUGCGUGGACACCGAGGGCAGCUACACUUGCCUCUGUCACCGUGGCUUCCGGGCCUCGGCGGACCAGACCCUGUGCACCGACGUCGAUGAGUGUGACCGGCAGCCAUGCGGCAAUGGGACCUGCAAGAACAUUGUUGGCUCCUACAACUGCCUCUGCUUCCCUGGCUUCGUGGCGACACACCAUGGAGAUUGCGUCGACAUGGAUGAAUGCACCACCCUGGUGGGGCAGGUGUGCCGAUUUGGCCAGUGCCUCAACACAGCUGGCUCCUUCCACUGCCUCUGCCAGGAUGGCUUCGAGCUCACGGCCGACGGGAAGAACUGCAUAGACACCAAUGAGUGUUUCAGCCUUGCGGGAACCUGCCUGCCAGGCACUUGCCAGAACCUCGAGGGCUCCUUCCGCUGCAUCUGUCCCCCUGGCUUCCAGGUGCAGAAUGACCGCUGUGUCGACAUCGACGAGUGCUUGGAAGGACCCAACCUCUGCCUCUUUGGCACCUGCACCAACAGCCCUGGGAGUUUCCAGUGCCUGUGCCCACCUGGCUUCGUCCUUUCUGACAACAGGCACCGUUGCUUUGACACGCGGCAGAGUUUCUGCUUCACUCACUUUGAGGCCGGGAAGUGCUCUGUGCCCAAAGCUUUCAACACCACCAAGGCCCGGUGCUGCUGCAGCCAGAAGCCUGGCGAGGGCUGGAACUACCCCUGUGAGCUGUGUCCUCAGGAGGGCAGCGCUGCCUUUCAGGAGCUCUGCCCCUUCGGCCAUGGGGCGGUCCCAGGCCCGGAUGACUCUCGGGAAGACGUGAAUGAGUGCGUGGAGAACCCCGGCGUCUGCACUAACGGCCUCUGCGUCAAUACCGAUGGGUCCUUCCGCUGCGAGUGUCCCUUUGGCUACAGCCUGGACUUCACAGGCAUCCGCUGUGUGGACGUAGAUGAGUGCGCUGUCGGGCACCCCUGUGGCAAAGGCACCUGCACUAAUGUCAUCGGAGGCUUCGAAUGUGCCUGCGCCGACGGCUUUGAGCCCGGCCCCAUGGUGACCUGCGAGGACAUCGACGAGUGCUCCCUGAACCCUCUGCUCUGUGCCUUCCGCUGCCGCAACACUGAGGGCUCCUACGUGUGCACCUGCCCGGCCGGCUACGCCCUGAGGGAGGACGGGGCCAUGUGCAGAGAUGUGGACGAGUGUGCGGACGGUCAGCAGGACUGUCACGAGCGGGGCAUGCUGUGCAAGAACCUCAUCGGCACCUUCGCCUGCGUCUGCCCCCCAGGCCUGCGGCCUCAGCCUGGCUCCGGGGAGGGCUGCACAGAUGAGGACGAAUGCCACGCGCAGCCCCGCCUGUGUGCCAACGGCCGCUGCGUCAACACCGCGGGCAGCUUCCAGUGUGACUGCGACAAGGGCUUCCAGCCCAGCCCCGCUGGCACUGAGUGCCACGACGUCCGGCGGGGGCCCUGCUUCUCCGAGGUGCUGCAGGCCACGUGCCAGGCUCGCUCGAGCAGCGGUGAGGCCGUCACUAGGGCCCAGUGCUGCUGUGGGGGCGGCCGGGGCUGGGGACCCCGCUGUGAGCUCUGUCCCUUGCCUGGCACCUCUGCCCACGGGACCCUGUGCCCCCACGGCUCAGGCUACACCGCCGAAGGCCAAGAUGUGGACGAGUGCCGCAUGCUCGCUGACCUCUGCCCUCAUGGCGAGUGCAUCAACAGCCUCGGCUCCUUCCGCUGUCGCUGCCAGGCUGGGUACGCGCCGGAUGCUGCUGCCACAGCCUGCCUGGAUGUAGACGAGUGUGGCCAGGCGCCCACGCCGUGUACCUUCCUCUGCAAAAACACCGAGGGCAGCUUCCUGUGCACCUGCCCCCGAGGCUACCUGCUGGAGAAGGACGGCAGGACCUGCAGAGACCUGGACGAGUGCUCCUCCAGGAACCACAACUGCCAGUUCUUCUGUAUCAACACCGUCGGCUCCUUCACCUGCCACUGUCCCCCCGGCUUCACCCAGCACCACCAGGCCUGCCUCGACAACGACGAGUGCUUGGCCCAGCCUGGCCCGUGUGGCACCCGGGGGCACUGCCUCAACACCCCGGGCAGCUUCAGCUGUGAGUGCCACCGAGGCUUCACCCUGGACAGCUCAGGUCAUGGCUGCGAAGACGUGGAUGAAUGUGACGGGCCCCAUCGCUGUCGGCACGGCUGUCAGAACGAGCUGGGGGGCUACCGCUGUGGCUGCCCCCAGGGCUUCACCCCGCACUCCCAGUGGAGCCAGUGUGUGGACAAAAACGAGUGCGUGCUGUCGCCUGCGGCCUGCGGCAGUGCCCCCUGCCACAACACGCUGGGUGGCUUCCGCUGCGUCUGCCCCUCUGGCUUUGACUUUGACCAGGCCACGGGGAACUGCCAGGACGUAGACGAGUGUGCCACGCAGGGCGGCCCCUGUAGCUACGGCUGCGCCAACACCGCCGGUGGCUUCCUGUGCGGCUGUCCCCAAGGCUACUUCCGGGCUGGGCAAGGGCACUGCGUCUCUGGCCUGGGCUUCAGUGCCGGGCCCCGGGAGACGCCAGGAGAAGAAGAACUGAUUUCAUCUGAAGCCUGCUAUGAGUGCAAGAUCAAUGGCCUCCCGCCUCGUGACCGGCCACGGCGCAGCGCCUACGGUGGCCACCAGGUGAGCCUGGCCAGCCUUGACUCAGAGGCCCCACUGACCUUGGGCCUGAACCUCUCACGCCUGAGCCAGGCCGAGCACAUCCUGGAGCUGCAGCCAGCGCUGGAGAGCCUGGCGGGACGGGUCCGUUAUGUCAUCGCCCGUGGCAAUGAGCAAGGUUUCUUCCGCAUGCAUCACCUCCGUGGCCUCAGCUCCCUGCAGUUGGGGCGUCGGAGGCCCGGGCCUGGAACCUACCGGCUGGAGGUGGUGAGCGUGGCAGGGCCCUGGGGCACCUGGCCGGAGGGGCAGCCGGGACCAGGGGGCCGGGCCUUGCGGCUGAAGGUGCAGCUACAGCUGCUGUAG